CUACCGAAAUAACACCUAAUUUGAGUAUCCGAACCACAGAAAUCUCUGCACCCAUCUCAGUUCACACCGUGGCUAGCAGUGACAAUGUGGUUACUAACUAUUUCAAUACUUUUGUUCAUUUCUUUUUAUAAGAUUACAUUCCCUGGCCGAUCGCGUUAUUAUCCUCCAGGUUUGCAAUAUUUUUUGAAAAACAUGUUACAUGUCGGCUGACGAAUACCUAAACAUAUUUUAUUUUAACUUUAAGGUCCAUGUUCGUUACCAAUAAUAGGAAAUCUAAUAUCCGUUUGGAUCGGGUUAAGAAAGCUGAAACAUCACCACAGUCUUUGGCAAUCAUGGGCGAAAAUGUAUGGAGACAUAGUGGGUCUCCAGUUAGGCUCUAUGAAUGUUGUUGUGGUGUUUGGAAAGGACUUGAUCAAGGAAGUUUCUUCGAGGGAUGUGUUCGAGGGGAGGCCGGAUGGGCUGUUUUAUAUGAUACGGUCGUUUGGAAAGAAGUUAGGAGUAGUAUUUUCUGACGGCCAAAGCUGGAAAACAACUCGUGGAGUGCUCCUUAAGUAUUUGAAAGGUUUCGGUUACGGCACCCGCUCCAUGGAGGCGUACAUAGCCGAGGAGUGUACAGACCUCGUCAAGCUUUUGUCGAAUACGCGCCAGCCUGUCGUAGUCAAUGAUUUGUUCGACAUUUCAAUCGUCAAUAUUCUGUGGAGACUGGUAGCGGGCACAAGAUACGAUUUGAAAGACAUCCGUUUAAAAAAACUAUGUCAUAUGAUCAAACGGGCAUUCAAAGUGGUUGACAUGAGCGGUGGUGUGAUGAACUUCAUGCCUUUUCUGCGGCAUAUCAUUCCUGGCGCCAUUGGAUAUACGGAGUUGCAUGAACUGCACGAGACACUCUACUCGUUUAUUAAGGAAACAAUAAAAGAACAUGAGACAAACAUCGUCACCAAAGAUCCGAGAGACGUCAUUGAUGCCUUCCUGAUCGAAUCCAUUGAAAACAAGGCUGAUGCAAUUUCAGAAGAAGAGCUCCAAGUAGUGUGCCUCGAUAUGUUAGAAGCUGGAAUGGAAACCGUUGGUAACACAGCCGUUUUUCUACUUCUACACGUCGCCUUAAACCCACAUGUGCAAGCGCGCCUCAGGCAAGAGAUAGAUGACGUCAUCGGCUCUAAAAGACCGCCGGCGUUGGGUGAUAGAUCAAGAAUGCUGUAUACCGAGGCAGUGAUUAUGGAAGCCCUCCGAAUUUCAAGUGUGGCCCCAGUAGGCAUCCCUCAUGUGGCUCGAGAAAACACGCGGCUCAAAGAUUAUAUCAUUCCUGAGGGUGCACUAAUCUUACUGGCUCUCCACGACCUUCACAACGGGCUUCACUGGACGGACCCGCACGAGUUCAGACCCGAGAGAUUUCUCACAAAAGAAGGGAAUCUAGUACAGGAUGAGUGGCUGAUGCCCUUUGGCACAGGUAAACGACGUUGCAUCGGCGAAGGCCUGGCCCGAUCCGAACUCUUCAUGUUCCUGACAUACCUUCUGCAGAGCUUUACCCUUGUAAUACCUGAAGGCGACCGCACGCCUUCAACGGAACCGGUGAACGGGGUGACACUAUCAGCGCAACCUUUUAGGCUUAUAUUUAGACUGAGACGUUAGUUUAAUGUUUUUUGUGUACUGAGUUUUGUUUUUAAGCUCUUUCAAUGUUUUAUUGUAACUGAAGUCCCUUUCCAUGUUCCUUGACAUUUUUAUUUAUAUGAGCCUCUUCCUCAGCACAUUUCAGAUGGAUAUAGUUUUAUUAUUCUAAUAUAUCUCUCUUUCUUAUCAUCUGAAAGUCUGUUUGCCAGUCGGCAAAGGCCUCCUCCAUUCGUUUCUGUCAAGAUUCGUUAAUGCAGAAAUAUACCCUUGUAAUACCUGAAAGCAACCGCACGCCUUCAACGGAACCUGUCAACGGGGUAACACUCUCAGCAGAACCUUUUAGGAUUAUAUUUAGACCGAGACGUUAAUUCAAUUUUGUAUACAAUUAAAUCAGAGUUUAAACGCCCCUAAGCUACGGUGGCCACCUAAAAUCUAGGGGCAUCAGGACCGUACGCCUUAAUUUCUCGUGGUACAAAACUUACUAACCAAACGGCUUAUUUCGGGGAGCUAAUUAAAAUGGAAUCUUUUGUAAACCUAUUUUAAUUUAUUAAUGUAUUCCUUUGGAGUUCUGGAUUUCAUGAAUUUUUGU